AGCCGCUUUCGGAUUGGACUCCGUAUCGGUUUUCUACACUCUCGUCGCCCCUCGCAAAACCCGUCAAUAAAUACCAGCAACAGGUUUUUCUACGAAUCAACCACCAGAAAGGGCGACCGAAAGAAAAGAAAAGAGCGAGACGCACACCCGAGAGCUAAUUCCCAAAUCCGCGAGCUCCAGGUCGCUGCUCGGCUGUCGCGUCGAUCCCAUCCGCCGCUUCGAUCUGCGUGUUGGGGAUUGCUUGGUGGCGGCGCCGCCAUGAUGGAUCCGGAGAUGAUGCGGCUGGCGCAGGAGCAGAUGCGACGCAUGUCCCCCGACGACCUCGCCAGGAUGCAACAGCAGCUCAUGUCCAAUCCUGACUUGAUAAAGCUAGCAUCCGAGAGUAUGAAAAAUAUGAGAACUGAGGACUUCAAAAGAGCUGCUCAACAGCUCAAUCAAACAAGGCCAGAGGAAAUGCUUGAUAUGACUGAAAAAAUUGCCAACGCUAAGCCUGAAGAAUUUGCUGCCAUGAAGGCCCAAGCUGAUGCUCAAAUAUCAUAUGCGCUAUCUGGUGCCAAGAUGUUGAAGCAGCAGGGAAAUGAACUUCAUAGCCAUGGGAAGUAUACUGAUGCUGCUGCCAAGUACAAGCUUGCCAAGGAAAACAUGAAGAGCAUACCAUCGGCAGCUGGGCGAACUCUGCAGUUGCAGUGCACCCUUAAUUUAAUGUCGUGUUACCUGAAAUCAGGGAUGUUUGAUGAAUGUGUAAAUGAAGGUUCAGAGGUUCUAACUUAUGAUUCGAGCAAUGUGAAAGCAUACUACCGAAGAGGUCAAGCUUACAAAGAACUAGGAAACCUUCAGGCUGCUGUUGCUGACUUACGUAAAGCCCAUGAAAUUUCUCCGGAGGAUGAAACUAUUGCUGAGGUUCUGAGGGACACAGAUGCAAAACUUGCAACUGAAGGAGGAGGAACAAACCUGCCAAAAGGAGUUGUUAUUGAAGAAAUUGUGGAAGAAGAUAGUUCAGAGCUGUUAAGUACUCAAAGGAGUUCUUCUACUGAGUAUACUGUUUCACAACCACAUGAAGGAGCAGGAAACUCAAGACAAUCUGACUCUUCAGAAAGCCUAAUGAAUGAUCCUGCUACUAUCAGGUCAUUUCAAAAUUAUGUCUCUAAUAGUGAUGCUGAUGGGUUAUCAAAGUUGGGAAUGCAAGGAAUGUCGCCGGAGCUAGUUAAAACUGCCAGCGAAAUGAUCGGCACCAUGAAACCAGAAGAACUACAAAAGAUGUUUCAGGCUGCUUCUUCAUUAACCGGCACAAACCCCGUUGGUUCAAAUCUUGGAUCCAAUAUGCCCGAAAUGUCACCUGACAUGGUUAGUAUGGCAUCUGAAAUGAUUGGGAAGAUGUCCCCUUCUGAACUGCAAAAUAUGAUGGAUUUUGCUUCUAAAAUGGGUGGGCCUGGUAGUGCGCCUGUGAGACCAGGGACUGGGAGUAAUAUCCGACCUUCAUCAAGAGCAGAAACGAGUAGCAAUAACUUCCAACCUUCAUCUUCGCAAACUGUUGUGGAGAACCCUGAUGAAAUAGUAAUAAACAACCAAAGUAUGGACCAUUCAUCAUCCAGUUCCCCAGUUUCUACAGCUGAUAUGCAAGAAACCAUGAGAAAUUCUAUGAAAGACCCUGCUAUGCGGCAGAUGUUUGCAUCCAUGAUGAAGAACAUGAGUCCUGAUGUGAUGGCAAACAUGAGUGAGCAGUUUGGCAUGAAGCUGUCGAAGGAGGAUGCCGCCAAAGCUCAACAAGCUAUGUCUUCAUUAUCUCCAGAAGAUUUAGACAGAAUGAUGAAAUGGAUGGACAGAGCACAGCAGGGAGUAGAAGUAGCAAAGAAGACGAAGAACUGGCUCCUAGGCAGGAAAGGCCUGAUCCUUGCUAUUGUCAUGCUGAUCUUGGCCUUCAUCCUACAGCGGCUUGGAUUCAUCGGUAGGUAGGUGAUGGCCUAAACAUCCCAUAUGAUGCCCUGUCGAGCAGUGCAUCCGGCAACAAAUAACUAUUCGGCAGCUACAUUAUGCUCGUUUUCCCUGGCUAGAAGUGAUGGUGGGCGGAUGACAAUGUGGAAGCACCUUGGGAAGAGUCAAGAACUUUUUGUACCAUUGUUUAUUCUUUCGGCAUAUGUGUUUAUAAAUUGUAACAGAUUAUUAGAAGUAAAUGGUCCAGUAUUGCCAUUUGGACAGUAGGCUGACUUGUAAUGUUACGAAUGUCCUAUGUUAUUUCGCACCAAAGAAUUUCGUGUCCAUAUUCA